AUGAGAGCUAGGGAUUAUUUGAAGAAGCAAUAUGAUACGAAUCGAAACAACGAGCUUUGGAAACAGUACAAAAAUGCACGUAAUGAUGUAAAUAAUAUUAUUAAAUUGGCUAAAUGCGACUAUUUUAAAGACAGAAUGGAUGUGGCCAAGAAAGAUCCGAAGCAAACUUGA